AUGUAUCGAGCGAUAGUUUUGGCAUUCCUAGUGUCAACGAUUUCGCCGGCCAAAGGAGCAACGACAUUCCAGCAAUACGUCGAGCUUAUGUUUCAGUUUGAUGACGUUUUCGAGCUGCUUUGCCUGGAGAAGACGAACGACACGGGCGAAGCGGAACGAAUGGUGGCGGCCAACGUGGCUCUGCAGAACUGCGUUAACCGCCAUCACGAUCCACAAAACUUUACCAACGGCCUCGACGGGCUGACGGAGGAAAAUCGGAAAGAGUUUAUUAACUACAACUGUGAGCAGUUUGAGGAAAUCAAAAAGUGCUACGUUCCGUUUGCUCGUCAGCUGGAACGUUGCUUCGAACCCCAAGACAUCAAUAUGGCCAAGACGCUAAUCCUUCUCGAGCAAGAGUUUGCGUUCAUAUGCGAAGCCGAUGGGGCUAACGUUGUGCCCUUGGGUCAGUCCAACUAUUCAUAUUGCGCCGGAAAUCUGCAAGAGCUGCUGCAAAACUGUUCCACGACCGAUUGGAACCAGUUGCGUCACAAAACAAUUGCAACACUGACAGAGAACGAUUGUAGUUUAUUUCACAGCCUAGCAAUUUGCUUUCAGCAAAACAUCAACAAAUGUGGUGCACCGUUGUUCGCCAAGCUCUUUGAUAUACGAUACAGAGCGAUCGUCCGGCAAACAAUGUGCAGAAAGAAUGAAGGAAAUGCAAGACAAAAUCAUUAAAUUACAUGGCUUAUAUGUUUAACGGUUCUUGAAAUAAAAUACUCUUAGGUCCCAGGUCAAAAUAAAGUAAUGAAAAAUAAAAUUUCCAUGGGAGGUAUUAGAUCGAAGCAUUAUAUUGAA